AUGUCGAACGUCAACGGUGUAUUAUCUACAUUAUCUUCUAAAUUUUCUCAACUGACAGCUACGGCUGUUGUGCUUGGAACGAUACUUACGGUAGCACUUUUACGAACGGCGAAAAGCCUUUGUGUAAGUUUUUGAGGUUUUGUAUGCAACAUUUUUGAUUGCAGCGCAGUCAGGAGUUAAAACACAGAGUUAAACGUAGGUUGAAGCGCCGAGAACAGGUCUUUGCUCAGCUUCACGAGAAGACUGUUGAUCUUCCAGAUGAAUAUGUAGACCAAGUUAUGAAGAAAUCAAUGAAAGAGAUACUAGGUUUGUAUUGCAUUACAUAUGUUUAAACAAUAGCUUUCUACCACUUAAUCAUCAAUUCGUAAUGCGCUGCAGGGAUUAGUUGGCAUAAUUUUUAUAUGUUUCAGACGGACUUCGGAGCGGUGAAUGGAAAUGCGUUGAAAUUUUGCGAGUUUUUCAAAAAGCCGCUCUUAGGGCACAAGAAAGAACUAAUUGUGUGGUAGAGUUUUUAGAGGUAAUCCUUUUUAGUUUUAGAAACUUAUGGAAUAAUAGGAAAAGGUACUCGUUAAUACGAUUACACACGGUUGUUACCGCAGACGUUUACGAUUUAAAAAAUUAUGACUUUAACAUUAUUUAUAUAUAACCAAAUUUGGAAUUUAAAUGUUAUUAAUUUAAAUGUCAUAUUGCAAGUUUCCUAAAUUUUUUAUAGGAUGCUGAAAAACGGGCAGAGACAAUGGAUACAGCUGGAUUGGACCUUAAUUUUACAAAACCUCCACUUUUUGGGCUGCCAAUUAGUAUAAAAGCAUGCAUUCCAGUAAGUUAAUUUAAAGAAAUUCAAAUGUCAUAUAUUAUCGUUUUAUUGGUAAAAUUGUAACCAUAAAUACAAAAAAUUUAUUAUGAUCUUUUUAGAUCCUGGGGCACGACGUUUUUGCCGGAUACGCCAACAACUUGGAAAAACCAAGCGAUGAGGAUGCGCUAUUAAUUCAACAGCUCAGGCAGCUUGGUGCAAUACCAUAUGUCACUACUACCGUACCUCAAAGUUUGCUGACUUUUUCUUGUGAGAACCCGGUUUACGGCACCACAAAGCAUCCGGAACGUGCCGAUCGUACUCCGGGAGGAUCUUCUGGUGGAGAAGCUGCGUUGAUUGGUGCUAGAGGCUCUGUUAUUGGUAUUGGUAGUGACGUUGGAGGAUCGAUUCGGAUUCCUGCCGCUUUUUGUGGAAUCGCCGGAUUGAAGGUAGGUAAUCAUUAAUUAGUAUAUAAUUUAAGUUUUGUAAGGAUAAAAAAUGUGCAUUUUAUAUUUUUAUUUUAAAAAAUUUUUUAUGUUAUGUGGUUUAGCCUAGCAGUCGCCGUUUCUCAAAGUUUAGUUCGCCAGGAUCGGUACCAGGCCGGUCUCACACUUUUGCCUCAAUCGGACCCAUGGCAAUAUCCAUAAAGGACUGUGCUGAACUUCUCCGUAUUUUAUGGAAAGACGAUUGGACUCAUUUGAGAGAUCCAUACGUACCACCUGUUAUCUUUAACAAUGAGGCUUACACCUCAAAGAAACCGUUAAAGAUUGGUGUUUACGUGGACGACGGUUGGUUUACCGUAACCCCGGCUGUAGAGCGUGCAGUCAUUGAAACAGCUGAUAUUUUGAGAAAACUUGGUCACACUGUCGUCGAAUUUAAGCCUCAUGACAUCUUCCGAGCAAUUGAGCUGGUUAUAAAAGCUACUACGUUUGACAACGGAAAAUUUCUUCACGACGCAAUUUUGAAUGUAAAGACAUUUAAGAAAAUUUUUUAGUAUGUUUUUAAUGACAUUAAAUUUCUCUGAAUAAAUAAUAAUUUUCAGGAUUUGCCUGUAGAUGGUUAUCGCAACAUGAUUCGCCAAUCCAGUAUGCCAGUUUGGAUUAGAAAAGUGGUUAGUAAAUUGAUCAGCAAAAUUUCCCCGAGGUUCAGUAACCUGGCUAAAGCCUGUCAUAGCGACUUGACCGACCUCCGUCUAACUAAUUGUGGAGUAGAGACGUAUCAAAAAGAGUUUAGUAUGCGAUGGAGAGAUGCUGGGCUGGACUGUGUUCUUUCUCCUAUAAAUGUAAUGAUUUUAAUUUUAACUUUGGAUACUGAGGACCGUGCGGGAUGCCGGAGUCUAGGGGGGGGGGCCUCCAUCUUUUUUCAAAAAUCCACAGGGGGACCGCUUUCACUUUUUUUUCUGGGGGAAGGGGGUACUCCUACCCCGGGCGGAUGCUCUAUUGUUGUGUUUUCAGUCCAGAAGAUGGGUCCUAGUCAAAUUUUAUUAUUUUUUAAAAAUUAUAGAAAGUUUACAAGACGAAAUAAAUAAAAAUUCGAUUUUAGGUUUGUCCAGCCAUGCGCCACAAGGAUCCAUACUCUCUCUUCUCAACCGUAUCCUACACUAUUCUCUACAAUGGUUUGGAUUAUGCUGGAGGCACAGUUCCUGUGACCAGAGUGACACAACAAGACAUAGAUAAUUUAAAGAAUUACGCCACUUCCGACUCAUGGUACCGCUGGGCUAAAGAUUCAGCGCAAGACACGGUGGGUCUGCCAGUUGGAAUUCAGAUUGUCGCCCCACCUUACGAAGAAGAACGCGCUCUCCGAGUAUUAGGCGAAAUCGAAGAUAAAAUUAAAGAGCUGGGGGCUUUUUCUUAUACUAUAUAA